GAGAGCAGGCGCUCGGGCGAGAAGUGUGCGGCGCAGGAGCACUUUGCGAUAGGAUGAGGCUCCGGGCUGGCGCGCGGUAGUACUAUGAUUUGGUAUGUGGCCACUUUGAUAGCAAGUGUGAUCAGCACCCGAGGUCUCGCGGCUCAAGCUGCCCACGGCCUGCGAGAGGAGCCCGAGUUUGUGACGGCGCGAGCUGGCGAGGCCGUGGUUCUGCGAUGCGACGUGAUCCACCCGGUGACCGGGCAGCCCCCGCCCUAUGUUGUGGAGUGGUUCAAGUUCGGGGUGCCCAUCCCCAUCUUCAUCAAGUUCGGCUACUACCCACCCCACGUGGACCCUGAGUAUGCAGGCCGAGCGAGUCUUCACGACAAAGCUUCGCUGCGGCUGGAGCAGGUUCGCUCUGAGGACCAGGGCUGGUACGAGUGCAAAGUGCUCAUGCUGGACCAGCAGUAUGACACCUUCCACAACGGCAGCUGGGUGCACCUCACCAUCAACGCUCCCCCCACCUUUACAGAAACACCCCCCCAGUACAUUGAGGCCAAGGAGGGGGGCAGUGUCACCAUGACCUGCACAGCUUUUGGGAACCCCAAGCCGAUUGUCACCUGGCUCAAGGAGGGGACACUCCUAGGUGCUAGUGGGAAAUACCAGGUGAGUGAUGGGAGCCUGACGGUGACGUCGGUCAGUCGGGAGGACAGAGGUGCCUACACCUGUCGCGCGUACAGCAUCCAGGGAGAGGCAGUCCACACCACCCACCUGCUUGUGCAAGGGCCUCCCUUCAUAGUGUCCCCUCCUGAGAACAUCACUGUCAACAUAUCCCAGGAUGCUCUGCUUACCUGCCGGGCGGAGGCGUAUCCCGGCAACCUCACUUACACCUGGUACUGGCAGGACGAGAAUGUCUACUUUCAGAAUGACCUGAAGCUGAGAGUGCGGAUCCUGAUCGACGGCACCCUGAUCAUCUUCCGGGUGAAGCCCGAGGAUGCAGGGAAGUACACCUGCGUCCCUAGCAACAGCCUGGGGCGCUCCCCCUCGGCCUCCGCCUACCUGACUGUGCAGUACCCAGCCCGUGUCCUCAACAUGCCCCCCGUGAUCUACGUGCCCGUGGGAAUUCACGGCUACAUCCGCUGCCCCGUGGACGCAGAGCCGCCGGCCACCGUGGUCAAGUGGAACAAGGAUGGCCGCCCCCUGCAGGUCGAGAAGAAUCUCGGUUGGACCCUGAUGGAGGACGGCUCCAUCCGCAUCGAGGAGGCCACAGAAGAGGCCCUGGGCACGUACACCUGUGUGCCUUACAACACCUUGGGGACCAUGGGCCAGUCUGCUCCCGCACGGCUCGUCCUGAAGGACCCCCCGUACUUCACGGUGCUACCAGGCUGGGAGUACAGGCAGGAGGCCGGCCGGGAGCUCCUGAUCCCCUGUGCUGCUGCGGGGGACCCCUUCCCUGUCAUCACCUGGAGAAAGGUAGGGAAGCCCAGCAGAAGCAAGCACAGCGCCCUGUCCAGCGGGAGCCUCCAGUUCCGAGCCCUGAGCAAGGAGGACCACGGCGAGUGGGAGUGCAUCGCCACCAACGUGGUCACCAGCAUCACUGCCAGUACCCACCUGACCGUCAUCGGCACCAGCCCCCACGCCCCGGGUGGAGUCCGGGUCCAGGUCUCCAUGACAACUGCCAAUGUGUCCUGGGAGCCCGGCUACGAUGGAGGAUUCGAGCAGACAUUCUCAGUUUGGAUGAAGCGGGCGCAGUUUGGACCCCAUGACUGGCUGUCCCUGCCAGUGCCCCCGGGGCCCAACUGGCUGCUGGUGGACGCCCUGGAGCCUGAGACGGCGUACCAGUUCAGCGUCCUGGCCCAGAACAGGCUGGGGACGAGCGCCUUCAGCGAGGUGGUCACUGUGAACACUUUAGCAUUCCCCAUCACAACCCCAGAACCCCUGGUGCUGGUUACCCCACCGCGGUGCCUCACAGCCAAUCGGACCCAGCAGGGUGUGCUGCUGUCCUGGCUCCCACCUGCCAACCACAGCUUCCCCAUCGACCGCUACGUCAUGGAGUUCCGUGUCGGAGAGCGCUGGGAGAUGCUAGACGAUGCCAUCCCAGGCACCGACGGAGACUUCUUCGCCAAGGAUCUGUCCCAGGACACCUGGUAUGAGUUCCGGGUUUUGGCCGUCAUGCAGGACCUGGUCAGCGAGCCCAGCAACAUCGCCGGCGUCUCCAGCACAGACAUCUUCCCCCAGCCGGACUUGACGGACGACGGCCUGGCACGGCCCGUGCUGGCUGGCAUCGUAGCCACCAUCUGCUUCCUGGCGGCUGCCAUCCUCUUCAGCACCCUGGCCGCCUGCUUUGUCAACAAGCAGCGCAAGCGUAAGCUCAAGCGCAAAAAAGACCCUCCGCUCUCCAUCACCCACUGCAGGAAGAGCCUGGAGUCCCCCCUGUCCUCAGGCAAGGUGAGCCCAGAGAGCAUCCGGACGCUCCGGGCCCCCUCCGAGUCCUCCGACGACCAGGGCCAGCCCGCAGCCAAGAGAAUGCUGAGCCCCAGCCGGGAGAAGGAGCUGUCCUUGUACAAGAAGACCAAGAGGGCCAUCAGCAGCAAGAAGUACAGCGUGGCCAAGGCGGAGGCCGAGGCCGAGGCCACGACGCCCAUCGAGCUCAUCAGCAGAGGCCCCGACGGCCGCUUUGUGAUGGGGCCCUCUGAGGUGGAGCCCCCGGUGAAGGGCCGGCGCAUCGAGGGCUUUCCCUUUGCGGAGGAGACGGACAUGUACCCCGAGUUCCGCCAGUCUGACGAGGAGAAUGAGGACCCCCUGGUGCCCACCUCGGUGGCUGCCCUGAAGUCCCAGCUGACCCCUCUGUCGUCCAGCCAGGAGUCCUACCUGCCUCCACCAGCAUACAGCCCCCGGUUCCAGCCCCCGCCCCUGCACACGGAGGGGCCCUUCGGCCACCCCACCAUCCCCGAGGAGAACGGAGAGAACGCGUCCAACAGCACGCUGCCCUUGACUCAGACCCCCACGGGCGGGCGCUCCCCGGAGCCCUGGGGCCGGCCGGAGUUCCCCUUCGGGGGCCUGGAAACCCCGGCCAUGAUGUUCCCCCACCAGCUGCACCCCUGUGAUGUGGCUGAGAGUCUGCAGCCCAAGGCCUGCCUCCCCCGAGGACUGCCCCCCACCUCCCUCCAGGUCCUCGGCCUCUACCCGGGCAUCCUGCCUCUGGAGGCGCCAAAGGGCUGGGCUUUACAUCAAGUGGUGCUACAGCCCUCCCGGCUCUCGCCUCUGACCCAAAGCCCCCUCAGCUCCCGCACCGGCUCCCCGGAGCUGGCCGCCCGGGCCCGGCCUCGCCCCGGCCUCCUGCAGCAGGCCGAGAUGUCUGAGAUCACCCUCCAGCCGCCGGCCGCCGUCAGCUUCUCCUGCAAGUCCACGCCGUCCACGGGCUCCCCCUCCCAGAGCAGCCGCAGCGGGAGCCCCAGCUACCGGCCCGCCGUGGGCUUCACCACUCUGGCCACGGGCUACCCCUCCCCUCCUCUGGGCCCCGUGGGGCCUGCGGACAACUUGGAUGUGUUUGGACAGACGCCUUCCCCUCGAAGGAUGGGGGAGGAGCUGCUCAGACCAGAGCCCCCCCCACCACAGUUACCUACUUCAGGGACACAUCCACCCGCCCCCGGGAACGCCGCUGCACCUGAGAGGCUGGAGGCUCUGAAGUACCAACGGAUAAAGAAGCCCAAAAAGUCAUCCAAGGGCUCUUCGAAGUCAAAGAAACGAUCCGACGGUCCUGCCUCCCAGGCUCAGCAGCUUCCAAACUCUCAGGUCCUGUGGCCCGACGAAGCUGUCUGCCUCCGGAAGAAGAAGAGACACGCUCGGCCGGACCCCUUUGCCCGCCUCUCAGACUUGUGCCAUCGCCAGCUUCCGGAAGACCAGACGGCCAUCCUCAACAGCGUGGACCACGAUGACCCCGGCCAUGCCACUCUGCUGUGACGACACAACUCUGAAGUGCUCCCGGAGUGAGAGCGCGGGCCAAGGGCCGGGGCGGGGUGCGCCGUGCUGGGUGCCGGGGCCUCGGCUCUCACCCCCCACCCAUGGCCUGGCCGGUACUUCUGCUCACACCUCUGUUCUGCUUCCGCCCCUUCAUCUCUGGGCAGAGCGGCGUCUCCUCCACACCUGGCCCGCUGGCCUCGUGGGACCGGGACCAGGCAGACCCUCCGGUGGUGGGUGGAGGUCAGGACGUGGACUGGGGACGGGGCGGGAUGCCUGCCUCCGCCCACCGCUCCCCUCUUCCCGCCGUGGGUUUUUCUCACUUCUUCAAAGAUCUUUGCAAGUGAGGAGGCAAGCGAUGGCUUGUACUGCUCUCAGCUUCUGCUUCGGCUUUUUAAGUCCCCCCAAGCGCUGCAUAUAUAUAGAUAUAGGUGCAAAUCAUAGGUUCGUAGUGUGUGGGCUUCUCUAUGUGUAUAUAGAUGUACAUUGAAGCAAAGUGCUGUUUAUUUCUGUGGUCAGUGAAAGAGGCGGGAGCUCAGCAGUAGGACCGCGGAGAGCUGGGUGGGUGUCCUGACGCCUGUCUCGGGGAUUCUUUCUUCCUGAAACAGGAGGCACGCCUUCUCAGCCGAUCUCACCAUUGGACUCUCCACCUUCUCCCACCCAGAGCGGAAAUGGGGGCUUGCCGUUGAUUCCCAGCUGCCUGCUUUGGGGGUUCGGCAAUGCGUUGCCCCAGAACUAAACACAAGCCUGUAUUUCUUGGUUCCUGGGUGAAGAAAGGGGGGCAGGCAAAGGGCCGGACUGGCAUCUUCCUUCCACGGUUGGGCUCAGAAUGGAAGCUUCUUAGCAGCAGGCCUGCUGUACCAGCUCGCGCGCUCACCUAUCAGCCCCUUCGGGUCCAGCCUGGGCCGGCGGGAGCCUUGGGGCCAAAGGGCCUCCAUUCUGGAGCCGCCGGCGCUGCACACCUCGCUGCCGCUGCUCUAUUCAUAGCCCGCCUCCGGCUCAGCGCCCUCAGAGCGCGGAUCCAAAGCCGCUGACUGGGUUCUCCUUUCCUUUUGUGGGAGCUAAUUUCCCAGAUUGAUUAAUUGCCACUUGCAGGGAGCCCGCCGGCGGCUCCUCUCCCUGCUCUCCACGUGCUGCCUGCAGACUCUGCUCUGCCCGGGGCCCCCCUCCACCCUGUGGGCCCGGUGUGGGCAGAAAGGGAUCAGAUGAAUCUAGGAUGCUUGGGGGUUCUGGGGGUGCUCUGGACCCCCUCUCUUCCCCUGGUUCUGUUCAAGUGGAACUGGCUGAGGCAUGGAAUGAAGGUGGAGGGGGCGCUCUGCCCAAAUCUUGUCCUAGUUCAAACUGUUAGCACCAGACGCUCCUGCGAGGUCAUCUUAAAAUACCUGAAGA